AUGAAAAGUUUAACGUUUAUACUUGUUAUAAUUCUUAAUAUUACGUUGUUUUCUACUUUGCUAUUCUCUCAAGUAGACCCUAGUAAUUUUACAACUGCUGUUAAUAAUGUUACAUCUGUCGCAGGUUUUAUUGUAGAAGGUUAUACAGUAGUCUCACCGGUUAAUAUUACUCCAACAUGUCAGUCAAGACUUGAGCAAAUUUAUAAUGCGACAGAUAUCAACGCUUGUCUUCCUUUUAUCUCUCUUUCCUCUUUAUUAUCUCAAAGCAGUACUCCUUCCGAUUCUAUGUCUUUAUAUGAUGCGAUUUGUUCUUUACAAAGAUGCACUGAUACUUUUAUAUCUUCAACUCUUUCAAGUUUCAAAAUAGACUGUACAUCUGAACUUGCUACAAAUAAUCCUGCCGUUUAUGGUGUUGAACUUUUAUUUACUUUUUAUUCACCAUUAAUAAGUUCUUAUUGCUUUAAAAAUGCUACUGGAGGAUCAUGUAUUCUUAAAUAUCGGGAAGAUUAUGCGCUAUAUGCUGGUGCCGGUGUAUCUCGUACUAUUUCUAAUCCAUUAAAUUUUACUGUUCUACCUGAUAUUACAAAUGUUCCUUAUUUAAUUGUGUGCACUAAUUGUGUAAAAGCUAUGGCGAAUACUUUUUUAAAUUAUCUGUCUUCAAACCCCGGUGAUUAUGCGAUUAUAGGCACAACUCAAGAUGAUAUUAAUAAUCGUAAAACUCAAUAUACUGCAAAAUGUGGUUCUUCAUUUUUAGAUGGUUCAAUUCCCGACACUACAAAUCCAAUAUUGUCAACAUCGAAACCAAGCCCUAGCUCUAAUGUGUUUGAUAAUCCACUUUAUAAAGGAUUAAUUAUUGGUGGCAUUGCUCUUGUUAUAAAAGCUAAUAAGAGUUCGAAAAUCGAUUAUAUUCCUACACCAGGAACAG